UCCCCCCUCCCUCUCCAAGCCCCCCGACUCGCUCCGCAAAGGCAUGGAGAAGGGGACCAGCUGCGCUCCGACCUGCCACACCAUUUUUCUCGCCUGGACAUGGCUCUUACUUCUCUCCUGGUGUUGCACCGGCGCCGAGAUAACUUGCGGAUCCUGCUCGUCUCCAUCGCCCUCCUGGCCGCCCGCCUCGCCUCGCCUUAGGCAGGAGCAGCGGCCGCCGCCGCCGCGGGGAUGGCGGAGCCGGCCGGGCGGCCGAGCGCGGGGCUCGGCCGGGUCGGCGGCCGCCGCGGAGCCGCUGCCGGGCGGGGAGCCGGGGGGCCGCGCGGGGCCGCGGGGAGCGGCGCUCCGCUCGGCGGGGGCGGGAGGCGGCGCGCCCGGGGCCCGGGGCCCGGCGGCGGCACGGACCCGGCGGAGCAGCGAGGGGCGCCGGGCGCUGCCGGCGGGCGGCGGCCGGGGUGUGCCCGCGGCCGAGGGGCAGCGCGGCGGCCGGGCGCAGCCCCGCGGGCCCCCGGAGGAGGGGAGAGCGGCGCGGCUGCGAGGGGCAGAGGAGCUGCGGCUGGCCAGCACCACCUUCGCGCUCACCGGGGACGCGGCGCACAACCAAGCCAUGGUGCACUGGUCCGGGCACAACAGCAGCGUGAUUCUCAUUCUGACAAAGCUGUACGACUUCAACUUGGGGAGUGUUACCGAGAGUUCACUGUGGAGGUCAACAGACUAUGGCACUACCUAUGAAAAGCUAAAUGACAAAGUAGGCCUGAAGACUGUGCUGAGCUACCUUUAUGUCAGUCCCACUAACAAGAGGAAGAUCAUGCUUCUUAGUGAUCCAGAGAUUGAGAGCAGCAUCCUCAUCAGCUCUGAUGAAGGGGCUACCUACCAGAAGUACCGUCUGAACUUCUAUAUCCAGAGCUUGCUCUUCCAUCCCAGGCAGGAAGAGUGGAUCUUGGCCUACAGUCUGGAUCAGAAGCUGUACAGCUCCAUGGACUUUGGAAGAAAAUGGCAGCUCAUGCAUGAGCGGGUCACUCCAAACAGAUUUUACUGGUCGGUGACCGGUUUGGAUAAAGAACCUGACCUUGUGCACAUGGAAGCCCGGACAGCUGAUGGACACACCCACUAUUUGACCUGUCGGAUCCAAGAGUGCUCAGAGACUAAAAGAAGUGGUCCAUUUUCGCGCUCCAUUGACAUCAGCUCCCUUGUUGUUCAGGAUGAAUAUAUCUUCAUCCAGGUGACAGCUGGUGGAAGAGCAAAUUACUAUGUGUCGUACAGACGGGAGCCUUUUGCACAGAUUAAAUUGCCCAAAUACUCUCUUCCUAAGGACAUGCAUAUUAUCAGCACAGAUGAGAAUCAAGUGUUUGCAGCUGUUCAAGAGUGGAACCAGAACGAUACGUACAACCUGUAUAUCUCAGACACCCGAGGGGUGUACUUCACCCUGGCCUUGGAAAACGUGAAAAGCAGUCGAGGACUGGAGGGGAAUAUCAUCAUUGACCUUUAUGAGGUAGCAGGGAUCAAAGGCAUAUUCCUGGCUAACAGGAAGAUAGAUGACCAAAUCAAGACUUUCAUUACCUACAACAAGGGCAGGGACUGGCGUUUGCUGCAGGCACCGGACACCGAUCUAAGAGGGGAUCCUGUAGUUUGCCAGCUGCCCUUUUGCUCAUUGCACUUACAUCUGCAACUCUCAGAGAAUCCAUAUACUUCAGGAAGCAUUUCCAGCAAAGAGACAGCUCCUGGGCUGCUGGUGGCAACAGGCAAUAUUGGCUCUGAGCUUUCCUACACUGAUGUUGGCAUGUUCAUCUCUUCUGAUGGUGGAAAUUCCUGGAGACAGAUCUUCGAGGAGGAAUACAACGUGUGGUUUCUGGACUGGGGAGGGGCACUAGUGGCCAUGAAACACACAUCAGUGCCCAUCCGGCACAUGUGGGUGAGUUUUGAUGAGGGAAGAUCCUGGAGUAAAUACAGUUUCACAUCGACACCCCUUUUUGUGGAUGGAUCCCUUGUAGAUCCUGGCAUAGAGACCCAGAUAAUGACAGUUUUUGGGCACUUCAGUCUCCGUUCUGAAUGGCAGCUGGUCAAGGUGGACUACAAGUCUGUCUUCAGCCGAAGGUGUAACAAAGAUGACUACCAAACCUGGCAUCUGCAUAAUCAGGGGGAGCCUUGUGUCAUGGGAGAGAGGAAGAUCUAUAAAAAACGCAAGCCUGGAGCCCAGUGUUCCCUAGGUCAGGACUAUUCCCAAACUGUGGUGUCUGAACCAUGUGUCUGUGGUCAAGAAGACUUUGAGUGUGACUAUGGGUAUGAGAGGCACAGCAACAACAAGUGUGUCCCAGCCUUCUGGUUUAGCCCGUCCUCCCUGUCCAAGGAUUGCAGCAUUGGUCAGAGCUACUUGAACAGCACUGGGUACCGAAGGAUUGUGUCUAACAACUGCACAGAUGGCUUGCAAGAACAAUACAUGGCCAAGAUGGAGAAAUGCCCUGGAAAAGCACCUCGGGGACUGCAUAUCCUCACUGCUGAUGGAAAGUUGGUCACAGAGCAAGGACACAACGCCACUUUCAUCAUCCUUAUGGAAGAGGGCGAUCUCCAAAGGACAAAUAUUCAGCUUGAUUUUGGAGAUGGCAUUGCAGUAUCCUAUGCUAAUUUCAGCCCUGUUGAAGAUGGCAUCCGGCACGUGUAUAAGAGUGCUGGAAUCUUUCAGGUGACAGCAUAUGCAGAGAACAGCCUGGGCUCUGACACUGCUGUCCUUUUCCUGCAUGUGGUCUGUCCAGUGGAGCAUGUCCAUCUGAGUGUCCCCUUUGUCGCCAUCAGAAAUAAGGAUGUCAACAUAACUGCAGUAGUUUGGCCCAGCCAGGCAGGCACACUUACCUACUUCUGGUGGUUUGGUAACAGCACAAAGCCCCUCAUCACCUUGGAGAGCAGCAUCUCAUACGUCUUUGCUGUGGAGGGGAUGAACACUGUCACUGUGCAAGUUGCUGCCGGCAACACCCUCAUCCAGGAUACCAAGGAGAUCGCAGUGCAUGAGUAUUUCCAAUCUCAGCUCUUGUCAUUUUCUCCCAACUUGGACUACCAUAACCCUGACAUCCCUGAAUGGAGGCAAGACAUUGGCAAAGUCAUCAAGAGAGCUUUAGCACAGGUGACUGGUAUCCCUGAUGAACAGAUCCUGGUAGCUGUAUUUCCUGGGCUGCCUACUUCUGCUGAACUCUUCAUACUGCCCCAUAAAAACACAACAGAAAGGAGGAAAAGCAGUGAGGCUGAUCUGGAGCAAGUAGUAGAAAUCCUUUUUAAUGCUCUCAACCAGAACCUGGUCCAGUUCGAACUGAAGCCUGGUGUUGAAGUUGUGGUGUAUGUUACUCAGUUAACAUUAGCACCUCUUGUUGAUUCCAGCACGGGUCAUAGCAGUUCAGCGAUGCUGAUGUUGUUGUCUGUAGUGUUUGUAGGCUUGGCUGUUUUUUUAAUCUACAAAUUCAAGAGGAAAAUCCCUUGGAUUAACAUCUAUGCCCAAGUUCAGCAUGACAAGGAGCAGGAAAUGAUUGGCUCAGUCAGCCAAAGCGAAAAUGCCCCCAAAAUCACUCUGAGUGAGUUCACAGACCCUGAAGAGCUGAUGGACAAGGAGCUGGACACGAGAGUGAUGGGAAGCAUCUCAACAAUUGCCAACAGUGAAAGCACAAAGGAAAUCCCCAACUGCACUAGUGUUUAAUACUAAGAAUCCACUUGGUCUACAAUAUUUCUG